AUGGUUCUAGUGCAAGAUAUUGAAUCCACCCUUUUAGGUGGAAAAGAGAUCAAUGAUAUUCUAGAAGCUACUGUUUCUACGCUUUCUGCUGACAGAAUUCUAGCGCAAAUUGGCGUUGGUCUCCCGAUUCUUCUCCUAGCAGCAGCGAUUGUUAUUGACCCCAGUUUGAACAAGCUCUCUUCUAUUGAAUGCGCUCCAUAUGGUAACGAAGGGUACACAGAUGGAUUAUACAAUCAAAACUACUGUUGGGAGCGGCUUCAAAAUCUCGGCUCGACAAAUCAAACUUCUGAUGGGCAUUUCCAGCACCAUAAGCUCUUUCCCUACCUGUUUUUCGGUCUCGCCUUUAUCGUUUUUAUCCCUCAUUGUCUCUUCACGUUGGUUUAUCAGGAGAAGAUCAGGACGCAUUGUGUAUUUAUGAUGUCGGCACUAGAAGAAGGGAUUUUCGAAAUGUUCUCGGCGAUAAAAACGCUUCUAAACACAGAUGGCGAUCAAAAUGAGCUGAAGGUGACAAGAACACGAAUACGGGACGUGUUUGAAUCGUCAGCGAAAUCAUGGGAGCUUGACAAGUUCGAGAUUGAUCAAGUUUACUGCCCGAUCAUCAAUAACAUCGAGAAUGAAGAAAGUGGUCAUUUUUGCACCAUUUCCGAUAUUGCCACGAGACUGUUUAUCUGUCGAAUAUAUAUCAGCGAAAGCCAAAAAUCCUUGAGCUUCAAAGACGAUUGCCCAGAUAAAGACCUGCAGCAAGAGUGCAAUGCAACAUGUCGUCUUGAAUAUAACAGGUGCCAAUUGCUUUGUGAGACAGAUUACUGUCUGUCUUUUUGCGUCACACAGUACGAAACCUGUUUGAAUGAUUGCCCGUGCGGUAAGAACUGCAUCGUUGGCUGCACUGACUGCGAUCAUCCACUCUGUACUACACCAAAGAACGUGUUCUUCUUGGUUAUUGUUGGUGAGGCCGUAGAUGAGUCUUAUGUUAUUUCUGGAGACGGAUCCACAUUUGUUCCAGCGAAAAUCAACGCUCCGAUUCCAGACGAUACAAAUUGGAAGGCAUAUACUAUCGAGUCAGUUUUUGCGAUUGUCAAAGAUGAAGUAUACGUGUUUGGCGGCGCAUAUGAAAGGGGCACCGAGAAAAGGAUUGUCAAAUUAAUUGAUUGCAACCUUGUUGAACUCUCGAUUCGAUUGAAUGGGGAAUACUUUGCUUCCGCGGCAGCAAUUGCUAUAGAUGAUGGAAAUGCGGCCUUGACUUGCACUGGUUGGCAAGGAAUAUGCGAGACUUUUGACACUGAAAAAGUCACAUUGACCCAUUUUCAAAAAUUUUCACACGCUUACGGCUCUGCGGUGAGGAUUGGCUCUUAUGUCUACGUUUUCUCUGGCUCAGUGAAAGAUUUCAAGGAUGAGUACCCAAUCGAGCGAAUCCAUUUAAAUUCUGAUGAAAUAAUCGGAACUGAAAUAAUUGGUUAUCAUGGUGAUCGCUACGACAUACCAAUACUCUAUCAAAUAUCAUCUGAUUUCUGUGUGUAA